AUGGGAAAUCAAAUUCAUCUUCGUAUCACCAACUUGAAACUGGAUUCCAAAUUUUCCUGGCUGCGUGUUUUGGAUGGCGACAACUGUGGGGCCCGGGAACUGAAACUGGUAGACACUACAGUGGAGUUUAGUCCAUUCAACUGUACCUCUACCUCGACCACAAUGACGGUUGUAUUUGCUUCCGCGUGGGGUUCAGAAAAUGCGGAAGUCGCGGCAUCCUUUAUAGACACUUAUACACUGAUGUAUCGUUCCUAA